AUUAUAGAACUUAUUAAUGUAAUAAUAAUCUGUUUUAUUAUUGAUUUGACGUUACAGCAUCAAAUACAACAGUUACCGCAGCAGAAUAAUUUGCAACAAAAUAACGCUCAAGGUCUGCAACGAGACAACAUGCCUAGAGGAAAGGAUUCUAAGCCGAGGGGACGAAUGACCGCAUACGCGUUCUUCGUUCAGACAUGUCGACAGGAACACAAGAAGAAGCACCCCGAGGAGAAAAUCAUAUUCCGUGAAUUUUCAAAGAAAUGCGCGACGAGGUGGAAGACCAUGUCAGACAAAGAAAAGAAACGUUUUCAUGAGAUGGCAGAAAAAGACAAGAAAAGAUACGACGCAGAGAUGCAAAAUUAUACGCCACCUAAAGGAGAAAAAGGCAGAGGAAAGAAACGUAAACAUAUUAAGGAUCACAAUGCACCUAAACGAUCACUAUCUGCCUUCUUUUGGUUCUGUAAUGAUGAGCGUGGUAAAGUGAAAAUGUUAAAUCCUGAAUAUGGUGUAGGAGAUAUUGCUAAGGAAUUAGGUAAAAAAUGGUCGGACGCAGAUCCCGAAACCAAAUCUAAAUAUGAGGCUAUGGCAGAGAAGGAUAAAGCUCGAUACGAGAGGGAAAUGACAGCAUACAAAAAGAAAAUGAAAGAUGGUGCACCAGUAGUGGUAGGAGCACCACCUGCAAAUACUGUAAAAAGUGACAGUGAAGAAGAAUGGAAGGAAGACGAUGAAUAGCGGCUGCAUGAUAAAAUGUCAUCUAUCACCCCGUGUCCUUGAUCCUAAAAGCAUACCUCACCUACUGUACGUACCAUUGACCUUAGCGUGAGUGUACUUACACCACUAGGAGAACAAAUAACUAACCACGAGUCCCCAAUUAUUUACAAUAAUAAUUGAAAACACACGCGAUUAUAAUAAUUAUUUUAAAACUUGUGUGUAUGCGCUAUGUGAAAGGAGAUUGUAUGAAUGACAUUUGUAUUUUAACAUAUUGAUUAGCAACAUGUAAAGUGUCAUAGCAUAGAGGAAUGAAAAAGAUGGUGCCCACUUUCUGUGUGAGAUGGAAGGCGCAGGGGCUCAAUCAUUGUUGACUUUGUCUCCACACAAUGUUAAAAGCUAAUUUAGUUAGUAAUAACAAAAGAUCCACUAGCCUCGUUGUUAUGCGAUAUAUCACUUGAAAAAAAAUGAUUUUGUGAAAUUUAUCAGUUCAGUUCAUUUGCUGCCAGAAUAUAAGAGACUAACAUUGUAUAUCCUUGUACAGAACGUUUCUUUAAAUCAAAUUUCUCUCAGGUAGGGCAUGGGGCUGCUUUGUAUGAGUGUAAUUGAUUUUUAUAUAUGUCGAGAAUAGCUGUAAGUAAUUAGAAUAAGUAUACUUAAACACAACGUCGAGAUCGUACAUUCACAUCAACGUGUGAUAGUUUUCACGAAUAGUGGAUACUAAGCCACGUGAUUGAGCCUUGUAGUUUAUAAGCAAUUUGAAUCGAGAAAAUAUGUAGUUCACAGCUUUUACAAAUCAAAAUUAGGACAGUAUAUUCUGACAGUCCUAUACUUACAGAGAAGGGUGCUCGUUGUUGUAUGCACAAAAAGUCGAAAUUUUAUUUGCAUGACGUGCUACAACACACACCACAAUUGCUGAGAAAGAUCACAACACAGAUCAACACAGGAUAGAAAAAUGCCCUAAUUUUACUUUGUAUAGUGACUUCGAUCAUUAAGUUUUACUAUAAAAAUAUGUAAAGAUUUAUGUUUUUUAUUCAUUUUGAUGAGGAACUUCGUAAAUGGCAGUUGUUUAAGUAGACAAAUAUUGUAAUUUUUAUUUUAUUUUAUUUUUUUUUUCCUAACGCGUAGAAGUGGUCCCCCUGCCCUUACCAUCGUCAUCCUCCCUCUCAUAUUCAUUAUGUCAAUAAAGGAAAUACUUAAAUCCUAUCCAAACCAUUUGAUUCCCUUAAUUGUUCAAGAAAGCAAAGUAGGGCGUGUUUUGUACUGCCUUGAGUCAUCUGGUGUACAGCAGGCUGUAUUAUAAUAAAUUAUUGUGGUUUCUUGUAAUGUUAACAUUCCUAGAACUUAGUAUGUACAGAUCCUUAUCAUUGAAAUUAGUGCAAACUAUGUAAGUGGCACGCAGAUGAAAUAGAUCUGGUCACUUGUUUUGUGAAUUUGUUAACCAGAUCAAUAUGCGAAGUGAAUAUAAUACAACAAAAGGCUUUCUUACGGUCAGACUGACUUGCACCUUGAUUUGGCUCAGCAGUUAGCCAUCAUUUUUCUUAACAUAAAGCUCUUCAUCUUCCCCCAUGCAUUGUCAUGUAAUGAAUCAUUGUAUGAUUAUAUGAACAAAAACCUGUUUUAGAGGGAGCUAGAGGAUGAAAACUGUAAAAUAUAAAAUUGUAAUAUUUUAAUACUGAUUUGCAGAUGUGCAUAAUUUUAACAUAGCUGGUUAAAGUGAAUUGUACUGAUUCAGAGGUAUCCAUUUGAUGGAAAUUAAUAAAAACAAAUAUUGAAAAUCA